AUGUCUCAACUCUCAAUGGAGAUGAGUUCUGGUACUGGUCACGUUAACUCUCAGUCCGUCACUUUUCCGCCAGCUCCUACCACAAAAACAGUGGAGCGGCGGCUGCGUUCCCAAAGUGGCCAGCAAGUCAGCUCGCAACUGCGAUUCAAGCUGAAAUUUAGCUUGGUUCUCAGUGGCACGGUCAUACAGCGCGGUCCUGCUCCGGGUCGAACGUGA